AAUUAAAAACACCUAAAAAAUAGUUCUCAAAUGCCAAGUGCUUUGUUUGUUUGUUUGUUUGUUUGUUUGUUUGUUUUUAUUUAAAAUAAAUAAAACAACAAAAUAUUAUCACGUUCAAAAGAUGUCCUUCAAAACGGCAUUUUUAACUUGCUGUAUAAGGCCGCUGGGUACUUUUCCCGUAUACCACACACAACUAUUAAAAAUCUUCCAAAAUGCGAAUAAAAGUAAGCACAAUUUAGUCUCAGAAAUAAAAAAUAUAGUUGUUUUCUUGUAACGUGCAAUGUUUAUGUCAUAAACUAAUAGGUUUUAUUUACUUUAUUCAAAUGUAUUGCAGUUUUAACACUUGAAAAAACAUGAACAAUAUCAAUGGCGAUUACCCGAUCGGGAAUUGUUACCACUGGUCAUGUGCUGUUUUCCCCGGUGUCAUUUCAAAGGAAGAAAAUUUUCAACAUAUAAAACCAAAUUCGAAGCAAGUUUUUGUCAUUUUGGACAACAACAACAUAUGCAUAAAAAUUACUUCAUUUACAGUUAAAUCGCUAUAAAAUCGAUACCUUCGCUGCGAUUUCGCGAAAGAGAUUUGUAUAUACUGAAGCAAAAGGAGAUAUUAAAAUAGGAAGGUACUAAAUGCGUUGUUUAUAUCGAAUCUAUUAAAUGUUGCUACUUUCAUAUUAAAUAUGGCACAAGAAAGCGACAUUCGGAGAUCACAAGAGUAUCAAAGUUUCAGAUCUACUGUUCCAAAACGAAAGGUAAGAGCUUAUUUCACAGUAUCAUACUAAAUAAUGUGGAAAUUUGUUUACAAUUGUAAAUUAUAUAGGAUUACAGGAUACUAAUAUUUUGACCCAUGUAAUAAGCUGCAAUGCGCCCUAUUUUAAUAUUUUCCUCUGACGCCAGACGACUUUACUCCUCAAGGGAAGAGCACUGGCUUAAUUGUGUGCAGUAUCACACUGUGUGUCCAUGUGUCUUGUUAACCCUUGAGUGACAGUGCUCUCCUGUUGACAAGUAAACUUGUCUGUCAUUAGCAAUGAUCGAUGGGCAUUAAAUAAGUAAAAGAACAGAGUUGUGUCUUAAUGUACCCGACUUUGUUAUUUUGCUCUAUCGAAUGCCUGAUGAUUUUUACUUGUCAAGGGGAAAGUGCUAGCACUCAAGAGGGGGACAGCCCCCCAGACAGUCGGGCAGAUUCUACCAGGGACGCCGGAACAAUGUGAAGGCAAGGGGGGCAGAUUUUCGUGAAAGGGCGCUUUUGAAUUGAUAUAUACUAAGAGAUGUUUGCAAAACAUCGGGAGUUGAACUUCACCUAAUCAUGUUUUCUAUUUAUUGGAUGAUAGGGUUGUGAUGGGGUUCUCCGCCAGGCGAUUGUGCUAUUCUUGAAGCUCGAUGACUGCAUUUCUUGCGUUUUCUGAAGCAAAUUCGUAAAAAAAUCGCACUGACAUUUCUGACAAUUUGCUAUUUUGCCAAGGCAAUCCUUUAAAUUGAAAGGGUACCUUUGCCCCCUUGCCCCUCCUGGUUAAGGGCAACAGGGGUGGCUGCCCCUCCUGCCCCCCAGUUUCGGCAUCCCUGGAUUCUACUUAAAAAAUUGGGCAAUUUGCUAAUUGCUACAGGUCUGCUCACCUUGGCAUAAUGUUCUUAAUGUCAAAGAAACUGAAUGACAGAUUGAAAUUUGUUUCAUUAAAUUCAAUUAAUUGCAUGCAAACAGACCGAAGAUCUUAAAUAAUUAAAUCCCAGAAAUACUUGUUUACUUAUCGUUUUAAUAGGAGAUGUAUUCCUUCUAUGUCCACCUCCCCCCCUAGUUGUUUUCCACCUGUACACGUAUGGGAUUAAUUAACUAGUAGUCACAGGGUGGCUGUUACUGGAUCUUUAGGGAGAACAGUUUAGAGCGACAGAGCCAGCAUGUACCCCAAAUUAUUUGUUGAUCUAUCAUUAGGUUAUUGUCGACCCAUCCUCAGAAAAGAGUUGGACAAUUUAUGAUGCAGGGCCAAGAAAUGUCCGCUGCCCACUGAUAUGUUUGCCGCCAGUGAGCGGAACCGCCGAUGUGUUUUUUAAACAGAUAUUGUCUCUCACCAGCCUGGGUUAUCGAGUUAUUGCAGUAAGUUGAUUCUGGAUUGCAUUUUAAUCCCAGGUGUAAACAACCAUAGACUAAUAUGCAUAUAUUGCAAACAAACGUUUCUCGUUUUCUGUCAUUUGUAGGUGGAAUAUCCAGUGUACUGGACAUAUACUGAAUGGGUUGAAGGGAUGAAAAAGUUGCUUGAUUUCUUGAAAUUGGAUAAGGUACCAUAUUAUAUAUAUAACUAUAAUUUAUCAUCCAUGCACAUAGCUUUGAUAUUUUGGCUGAAUGCCCUAUGUUGAAAUGCAUCAACUAUCUUCCUCGUUAAGUUACUAGGACACAGUUAAUAGCUGAAGAUAUUAACUGAAUGUUACCUUUUUAGGUUCAUUUCUUUGGUGCAUCUCUUGGAGGCUUUCUAGCACAGAAAUUUGCUGAAGCAACCAGCAAAAGCCCAAGAACAUGUUCCAUUGUGUUGUGUAAUUCCUUUGGUGAUACAACUGUUUUUGAACAAACCUCGGUGGCCUAUAUGUAAGUUACUGUAUUUGGUAGAAGCUUUCCCUCAGGGAAAUGAAUUACUGUACCUGGUAAGCUGACGAAGCUGAACAACUCAGCAAAGCAAUGGUGAGAACACAACUAUUAUGUAUAAAUGAAAACAUGUGUUGUUUUUUAUUUUAUUUAGGUACUGGGCAAUGCCUGGAUUUUAUUUAAAAAGAAUGGUGAUGGAAAAUUUCAAUUCGAAAGAAGUCGAUCCUGAUAUUGCGGAUUCAAUUGAUUUUAUGGUGGAAAAUGUUAGUGUAGUUACAAGUUACAAUAUAUUAUUCAAAUUUUCCAAAGUACUUACUGUGGUCCAUGUAAUUGCUUUCUGAAUCUGACAAAAAUUAUAUUUGCAAUUUGCGAAUGGAAAAUCAACUCAUUUAUUCUCUUGUUAUCUAUUUAUUUAUUGGAAUUCUGCUUCUACACUUUUGCUGCGAUUUUCUUCUUCUGAUAGAUAUGAAUGACUUAUAAAUGUUCACAUGAGGGUACAUGUACUCAGAACAUUCAUGACUCAUCUACUCGUUCACAUGGAACUGAAGAAGAAAAUCACACCUAAAAUCACAGCAAAAAUUGCAACUGGACAUUAACCAUUAAGAUGCAUUGUGCCCCAAUGCACCCUACUUUAUUAUUUUUCUCUGCCAGAUGAUUUUACUCUUCAGGCAGAGAGUGCCAGUGCUCAGUGGAUUAAAGUACAAAUCAUAGCUGGCUUAAGUCCAAGCUUUUGUUUAAAACUAGGAUAGUAGUAUAUGAUACUGCCUUUGUACUUCAUGUCAUUUCUUAAUUGCCGCUUAAUGUUUUUAUCUGUUUGUCACAGCUCGACAGCCUAGACCGAAGUUCUCUUGCAUCAAGGCUUACUCUCAACUGUAUGAAUUCAUACAUCGAACCUCAGAAAAUUUCCAACAUACCAAUCACAAUUGUCGAUGUAAGUAAAACCAGUCUUAUGUUUUUGCAACAAUGUCUCGCAAAAUAAAGCCUCAAGUGGAAACUUGCUGUACGAGACUACAUCAAGUUGUGUGUAUGUACUUUUUAAUAAGUUACCAGCUUGUUGGUAAAUUGUCAAAAGUCAUCCACAGUUUUGUUGUGUAUUGUUGUAGGUGUUUGACGAAUGUGCAUUAUCAGAACAAGUCAAAGAUGGUCUGUACAAACUAUAUCCUCAUGCCAGAAGAGCGCAUUUAAAAUCAGGAGGAAACUUUCCAUAUCUGUGUCGAAGUUCUGAAGUCAAUCUUUAUCUACAGGUAAGGGUACUAAUUCAUCUUUCUAACCUUCCCCCUCCCACAACAACACAUCCUCUUUAAUAAGUAUUCACUUGAGACCCUAUAAACGGACCUGAGUGGCAAUACGCCCUGAUGUGCCCUACUUUAUUAUUUUACUCUGUCUAACGCCAGACGAUUUUACUCGUCAAUUGGAGGAUGCUGCCACUCAGCGGGUUAAUUACAUCUUUUAAAUCGGCCAGCCUCUGCAACUUGUUUCAACUCAAACUUUAUCACGAUUCAGAACACCUCAUUUGAAUCCGCAUAUCAGACUAUUAAUUGCCUUAUAACACAGGUUAUUUUAUUGAUUUGUUCAUUCAAUUUACCCUUUAUCCAUUUAGAUCCACUUGCGUCAAUUUGCUCGCACGCGCUACUCUGCUCUGGACCCGGAUGUCGCGGCUGACGAGGAAUUGGUGUUUGUUAUGAACGACCCGACCACUUCGAAAACUGAUUCAUUUGACGAAGAAAAUUAAUAAACGAAAACUUUUCUACAUUGCGUUAAGUGGUCCAGGGAAUGAACGUUCACUGUACGAUUGUCUGGUGUGAUAAAGCCGUUGACGUAAUAGAGGCAUGCUUUAAACACUCUGAGGCCUGUUAUACGAAGGCUCAGAUAGCGCGAUCCACUUGGUAGUGAUUUUUUUCAAGUGCGUUUUAAAACUGUCCAUUGAUUGCUGAAAACCCAGAUUAAACUUUAGUAUUUAUAAAUUGAAGGUUUCUCUUUUAUUCGAGGUUCAUGACCGUACUAUUAUAGCUCUGAAAGUAAUUUUACAACGGUUCAAAAAAUCACUAUCCAGAGCCGGUUGUAUUAAAAAGUAGUUAAAGUUAACUAUCGAGACUUUUUGCAGCGCUGCAUCGGAAUCGUAGGGCAGCAGGUUCGAUUCCUGCUAGGGACCUAAAGUUGCAUUUUUCGCUAUAUAAAUUUCCACUCGACAAUUUCCGUCUACAAUCCCAUCAAAUGUUAACGUUACCUAUACACUUAAGCCCCGUUUACACUACGCUCAAUUUUUGGUACGGCACGGAUAAAAUUGGUACCCGUACCACUUUUUUGGUUCUUGGACUACCUAUUCAGGUAGUCCAAGAACCAAAAAGUGGUAUGGUACCAAAAAUUGAGCGUAGUGUAAACGGGGCUUAGCUAAAUAGGUAGACCAAGAACCAAAAAAGUGGUACGGGUACCAAUUUUAUCCGUGCCGUACCAAAAAUUGAGCGUAGUGUAAACGGGGCUUUAGUACAAAAUUUGAGAGUUCGCGAAUUUGAGAGUUAACCACUAUUUAACUACAAAACGGAUAGUUAAAAAGUAGUACAGCCUUUUCAAUACAACUGGCCCCACUGAUCUAGAAAUAUAGAACCUAUAUUUCUAGAUCAGUGAACUGGCCCCCAGUGGAUAGCGCUAUUCGAAUAUCGACCUUCGCACAACCGGCUCCAGGUUGGGUUAAAUAUAUGGUAACCAGUUAGCUGGUCGUAUAUAUCACUACUUCUUAGCAUAGAAUGGUUAAUUCAAGCAUGACGUCCUGGUAAUCAGGAAUCUAAUGAUUGCGAUUGUUCCAAACAAGCCAUGGUCACCAAUGUCAAAUAUUCUGGGGACCGGUUGUUCAAAGCUGGAUCAGCGUUAGCCAUGAGUGUUAAAACUUCCGUUCAUUUGAAAAUUUCUACUAUUAAACCAAACAAGAUUUCUAGAACAAUGUUUCCAAGUCUAUAAAAAAACUGCUAGAAGAUUUGCUUUAAUCAAUGGCCUAGAAUUCAGCUAAUCGGCUUUCGAACUACCGGUCUACUCGGGGCCGUACGCAGCGCUGGUAGAGGCAACAGGGGCGUCUGUCCCCUCCCCCACCCCCAAGGAAAUUUAACUUACUAAUUUUAUAAUGUUAUUAACAUUAUUAAGCCAAGUGGCGCUUAUAAUCUUUGUGAAUCAGAAUUUAUGGUUCUGUAUGUGAGGCCAUAAGCAUGCAUCUAGCUGACGACUUUGAAUGCAUCGACAUUUGGAUACUUAUUUCAGCAUAUACGUAUCACUAACCCCCUGGUGAAAAAUCCUGCGUACGGCCCAAUCAUUAAUUAUAGACGUAUUGACUCUAUCCAUAGAAAUAAUAGAUAUCUAUUAUGUGUACGAGUCAUAUUGUAUGGCACACUUUCCAUGGCUCACUGUGACAUUGGAACCAGUUUUAAUAUACGUGAAUUUUAAGCAUAAUUCGCUUAAGCCAAAUUUUCAACUUUUUGUAAUGAUGGUCAAAAUAGCAGUGCAUAUAACAUUGACGUGCACAGCAUUAAUGAAAUUUUUAAUGUUAUUAUAAAUCUCA